AUGUCAUCGAGUAAGAAAAGGUAUAUACAUGAAGGCUGGAUACACAAAUGGACUAAUUUUAUUGGUAGCUGGAGACCAAGAUAUUUUAUGCUUGAACCGGAUUGUUUAUCCUAUUCUAUCGAAAAGGACGGCGUUGUAAAAGAAUCGUUUUUAUUAUCUCAUUGUAAAAUCCGUUUAUGCCCAGACGACCCAGUACGUUUGGAUAUUGAAGUAGUGGGAAGUUGUUUGCUGUGUUUGAGAACAGAUACACCGUUAGAAAAACAUAAGUGGUACGUGUCAUUCAAGAGAGCCCAAAAGCUAUCAAUACAUUCUAAUCAGAAGAAACAACCAGGAGAACGUUUCCUAAGUUCUGCACAUCAAGAGGAGACUCCCCGUCCAACAGAGAGUGAAACUUUACCAUCUACUGAAAGUGGAAAACAAGUAAUAAAGAAGGAAUUUGAGACUGUAACAAACCGAGAAGAGAAGCCAGAAUCCAUAUCAAACAUCUUUGUGAAGUCGAGAACAGGAAGAGAGUCAAAGACUUCAUUGUCUUACAUAUUGGACAACACAGAGACUUUUGAACACAUUUCUUCCAAAAUACUUAACGAACUUGAGACAACAACAGACUCAGAGUCGCUCAAGCACCUGAAGACGUUCCGACUCAUUCUCUCAGAUUUUUGCUGCUCAAUCAAACGCCUUUCCGAGGAGGAAUUCAGUACAGCCGACACCAAACAACCGUAUUACGAAUCGAAAUCCGAUAAGGAAUCGUAUUAUUUAUCGAAAAACCUUGGACUCGACGGCACAAAGCCACUCAGUGUCCCAGUUCCAAACGUACACAAUUUGUUCUCUGAGCCCUCGAACCUUGACCAGAACCACUUCGAUACACAGCAAUAUGUUUCAGAGGAGAAAUUGGCACCAAAAGAGUCCCAGGAAUUACAUGAAGAAUCCAUUGCGGACUCUGAUACAUCAGAAGAGCUAAUCGACCCGAACAAGGGUGCGAAAAUGCUCGAUUAUCACGAAUUCACACUGGGAACUGGUUGUCACGAUCCAACACCUCUUCUUCUGGCUGAAAAGGCCGAAUCAAUUUCAGAAAAUUUCUCCUUCGAAUCCAAGGUUUCAGACGAGGACCAAACCUCGGAUGAAAAGCAACAGAAAUCUGAAUCCAAAGAACAAAAAUCAUACGAAACAGCCUCAACUGUGUCUUCAAUGUCCAAGCUCACACUCAAAACUUUCUCAGAUUCUGAUAGAGCUAAAAUUAAACGUAGAAAUACUCUAUCCAAACCACGCCUAGACCAUAAAGUCUCUACACUGAUUAGGAAGGAUUUAUCCCGUAUAAGGAUGCCAAUAGUGUUUAAUGAACCCACGUCAAACCUACAGCGUGCAGCAGAGGAUUUCACAUAUUACAAAAUCCUCAAUGAAGCAGCUGAUAUGGAAGACCCAAUUGAUAGAUUAGCAAAUGUAACAGUCUAUAGCAUCACACCCUACUCCUCUGCCGUUGGAAGAUCCUAUAAACCAUUCAACCCAUUACUAGGUGAAACAUAUGAAAUCUCACAUACUGGUUUCAAUUAUUUCGCUGAGCAAGUAGCACAUCAUCCACCGAUACUAGCAUUUCAUUGUUUUAAUGACAAGUUUGAAUCUUCUGGAAGUCUAAACAUGGUUAUCAACUUCACUGGAAAAGCAAUCGAAGCUAAUUUGAUGGGACCAUUUGUUGUUGAUUUGAAACUUCCGUCCGGAGUCGAGAAGUAUAACCUUCAGAGAUGUAACAUGAUUUUGCAUAAUUUAAUAUUUGGAAAAAUGUGGAUUGAAGCCGUAGGAUACGUGAUUAUAAGAAAUGUUACUGGAGGUGAUUUCUCCGUAAUGCAAUAUCUCAAAAAAGGAUGGUUUAAUAAAGAAAUACAUAAAGUUAGAGGAUUAGUAUUGGAUAAAUUUGGAACACAACAUUAUUAUAUAUCUGGAAUCUGGAGUAAACAUAUUUUUAUUGAAAAAGUUUAUUCCUCUUCAUCAAAAAGUAAAACUAAAUUACUCAACGAUGAUGGCUCAUUAAUCUUCAACAAAUAUCGAUAUAAGAAUGAAGCGGAUGCUUGGGAUGCAUUUGUUAAUGAUAUAGAUUGGGAGAAUAUAAAUGUUAUUCCAAACACACGUAGAGAGGUAUGGAAACCAUUUGAUCGUCCAAGUAACAACGAAGAUUAUUAUGGAUUCGGAUACCUCACAAUGCAAUUAAAUGAACUCACAGAAGAUUAUGAUAAGUCCAAAGGAGCAUCAAUGCCCAAAACCGACUCCAGAUAUAGACCUGACCAAAGAUUAUACGAAGAAGGUAGAGUAGAAGAAGCUACUGAAUUAAAAAAGAGAUUAGAAGAUAAACAAAGAGCUGUUGCAAAAGAUCGUUUGGAUAAUCAUAUAACAUAUAAACCAUACUGGUUCAUGAAAGUUAUCGACCCUGUUACACAUCAGGCAAAUUGGGGCACUUAUUGGAGUAGGAAACUCGACGGGACAGUUGAUGAAGGAACCCCGGAUAUUUUCGGAUUAUAA